AUGAGAAGGAAAUCAAAGAGAAGUUUGACUGUCAAACAACGGAAGAAGCAGGUGGUCAAAGCACGGGACAAAAAUUCCAAGAAAGAACAGGUUUCUUUAAACUCCCCUGAAGACUUAAAAAACGACUGUAGUGAGGUAACAAAUACAAAUCCCAACAAAAGAAAGGUGGCCCCUAGAUCAAGUGACCAGUUCAAGGUUGGACCUGACUUUGAUGACACUGAAGUCCACAGAAAGUGCUUUAUUUCUUCUACAAAAGAACAUAUCGUCCCAGUUAUUUCUGCAAGAAUCGAUAGAGGAUUCGACUUAAUCAACAACGAAUGGGUUGGUUACAAGAGGAACUACUUCACGUUGGUUAGUACUUUUGAGUUCUUGGACCAACCAGGAGACUUGUGUUCAAACACUAAGUUUCACAUUUGUGAUGAUGAAGGUAAGGAGGUAAACAUUGAGUGUUUUGCCAUCCGAUUGGUCUCUGAGUGCUGUGAGAAUGAUGUGGGAGUUGUUUUAGUCCAACACACACCUAAGAGAGACAGAGGUCCACAGUAUUUGCCACCAGUAUUUGUUUCAGUGCCAGGUGUUUUGCCUGAGCAUGAGGUGAUCAAGCUGUCUGCCAAUAUUAGAAAUGGAGUGAAGAUGCUGCAGUUGGAUAGAUUGUUCUAUUUGGAAGAAAAUAAGCUUAAGCAAGCAAAGGAAGGCUCAAUUUUGAAGGGGUACCCCAAAGGAAAAGUAUGUACUGUAGCCAAAUAUGAGAGAAUGCAGUUCUCCACUACUUUGAACUACAGGAAACCUGCUUUACUCAACCGUCGUUUUGUCUUGAGAGUGGAGCUUUUGGCAGUGUUGGCCGACGAAAAAUACUCCGUUCUUGCGUCUAGUGAGACUCCACCUUUAAUUGUCAGAGGAAGAUCUCCUUCCAAUUAC